AUGACGGUGCACGUCGAAGAUGGAGAAGGAUCCGAUUUAGUGGCGCAGGAGAUGCCGCUCAUGCAGCAAGACGCCGUGCCGUCGCGAAACGGUUUGAAAUCGAACAAUACUGGUUCCUGGUCAAGAUCGUACGAGGAGUUUAUCUCAACUUGGACAUUAUGGGGUGUUCGUAAAUCGCGUAAAUCCGGCAACGAGAUGAAUUACAAGGGCAGCGGGAAAGUCCACUUCGGGGUGGACGACGUGUCUCUCUAUGGGACGCCGAAGGAGGAGCCGGGCCCGGGCCUCCCGGGCCAGGAAGUCAAGCAGAGCUUCCUGAAGAAUCAGCUUCAGGCCCUGUUCCAGCCGACGGACAACAAGUUGGCCAUGAAGCUCUUCGGCAGCAAGAAGGCGCUUAUGAAGGAACGAAUCAGACAAAAAGCCGCAGGUCACUGGGUCAUCCAUCCUUGCUCCAGUUUUCGAUUCUAUUGGGACCUCUGCAUGCUCCUCCUACUGGUAGCUAAUCUGAUAAUUCUGCCAGUCGCCAUUAGUUUUUUCAAUGACGACCUAAGCACUAGAUGGAUAGCCUUCAACUGCCUUUCCGACACGAUAUUCCUUAUAGACAUCGUCGUCAACUUCAGGACGGGUAUAAUGCAGCAGGAUAAUGCCGAACAGGUGAUACUGGAUCCGAAGUUAAUCGCGAAACACUACCUCAGGACUUGGUUCUUUCUCGACCUCAUCUCCUCCAUACCAUUAGACUACAUUUUCCUCAUAUUUAAUCAAGACUUCAGCGAGUCCUUCCAGAUCCUGCAUGCUGGACGUGCUCUCAGGAUCCUCAGGCUUGCAAAACUGUUAUCACUCGUUAGGUUACUACGUUUGUCAAGACUGGUGCGGUAUGUCUCGCAAUGGGAAGAGGUCUAUAUCCCCCUUUAUCAACAGCCGGAGAGGCACUACGAGCGUCGGGCGACACCGCCCCAACCAGACCGAACCAGCAAGAUAUUGCAGAACCUACAAAAAAAACGCACUGAGCGGAGGGGGCGCCUAAGUUCUGACAAUAUGACUAAAAAGAAGUCCGGUUUCAGCAAAAGCGAACUUAUUUUUAAGUUCCUGAAUAUGGCGUCGGUGUUCAUGCGGAUUUUUAACCUGAUCUGUAUGAUGCUCCUGAUCGGCCAUUGGAGUGGCUGCCUGCAAUUCCUGGUCCCUAUGCUUCAAGGAUUUCCCAGUAAUUCAUGGGUAGCCAUUAAUGAGUUACAAGACUCAUUUUGGCUGGAACAAUACUCGUGGGCCCUCUUCAAAGCCAUGUCGCACAUGUUGUGUAUCGGGUACGGUAGGUUUCCACCACAGUCCUUGACCGACAUGUGGCUCACCAUGCUCAGCAUGAUCAGCGGUGCGACGUGUUAUGCUCUUUUCCUCGGACACGCGACGAAUCUCAUUCAAUCUCUCGAUUCCUCGAGAAGACAAUACCGCGAGAAGGUGAAACAAGUAGAGGAAUAUAUGGCCUAUCGAAAACUACCGAGAGAAAUGAGGCAGAGGAUCACGGAGUACUUCGAACAUCGGUAUCAAGGAAAGUUCUUCGAUGAGGAACUGAUCCUUGGGGAGCUGUCGGAAAAAUUGAGAGAAGAUGUGAUAAACUACAACUGCAGAUCGCUGGUGGCGUCCGUGCCCUUUUUCGCCAACGCCGAUUCGAAUUUCGUCUCAGAUGUCGUGACGAAACUCAGAUACGAAGUCUUCCAGCCAGGUGAUAUCAUCAUUAAGGAGGGUACAAUCGGUUCGAAAAUGUACUUCAUACAAGAAGGCAUAGUCGAUAUCGUGAUGGCAAACGGUGAAGUAGCGACCUCGUUAUCGGAUGGGUCUUACUUCGGCGAAAUCUGUCUAUUGACAAACGCGAGAAGGGUGGCGUCGGUCCGAGCGGAGACCUACUGCAAUCUCUUCAGCCUCUCGGUGGACCAUUUCAACGCCGUACUGGACCAGUAUCCCCUAAUGCGCAGAACGAUGGAGAGUGUUGCCGCCGAGAGGUAUAAGCUUUGGUUAAACAAAAUCGGGAAGAAUCCUAACCUGGUGGCUCAUCGCGAGGAAGAUCUUGGCAGCGAAUCAAAAACGAUAAACGCCGUAGUAAAUGCGCUCGCGGAGCAGGCCGCGCAUGCCAGCGCCAGUGAAGAAUCAGUACAUAGUAUGGAGCUCAGAACGCUACCGGCUUGCCUCCUGCCCAGACCAAAGUCUGAGAACAAUUUCGCGAGCCAAGAACUUACGAGGGAAGGACGGAGGAUCUUUCACAAGAGCGACACUUUCCACAAAGAUUCGUAUCAAUGACGACACUCGUUUUACUAGCAUAUGCAGAGAUACUAACGGCUCCAUGUUGGAAGAAUGAUAGAACUUAUCUCAUCGAUAGGAUAACUAUGGUGGUUUUGUGCCCGGUGCUAGGGCGAUCCUAUAGCAGCGGUCUAUACGUAGAUAUCGGCCAUGCCAGUAGUCCUUUAGCAAUCGAUUUAUAGCGCCUUCUUAUAUUAAUCUGACGGCAUUUUCGUCCAGGACCGCAAAACCACCGAAAUCGAAUCCUAUACUCCAACUAUGAUACGGAUUUCCGCGAACAAAUAAAAUAGUACAAUAACGUAUAAAUACUAUUAAUGAUAUAUAAAAUCUUCAUGAAACAUAUAUCGCAAAAUAAUUCCGUAAUGGAAAGGUACGGUUUGAAGAAUAAAGGAAAAACUUUUACAUUUUAGGCCCCUUUAUCUUUCAAACUUGAUUCAACUGCUUUUAUUUAGAAAAUGAUGAAGCAACUCCAAACAAUCGCGAAAUUUUAAUCUUUUACGAGCACAAGGAAGAAAAAAGAAGAAACAUCUGUAUCUCAGUUGGAGAACAUGGAGCCACGUUUUACGCCGUGUCUCUUCAUUGAGAACAAUCGCCGCGUCGCAUCAGAUGCAAUAUUAAAGAUGGACGCAGCGAAGAA